AUGCACAGCCCGGCACCGUCAGACCGCACCAACAGGAUGCACCUGAGCACCACGCCGCGAUGGAACGGCUCUCCAUCACACGUCCUGCGUCGCCGUGGCGGCGCAGCGCGGCGCAGGGCUUCGAAUGCUGGGGGCACAGGUGCUGUGCAGACUGCAGCCAACAACAGGCAAAGCAAAGAGACGGAAAGCAGUAUCCAGAGCACCGUGGCCGGAGCUUGUACGGCCCAACCCUGCUCACCAGCAGCCAAGCCCUGUAGAGACAGCACAUCCUGCGAGAAGCAGCCGGCAGCUGCGAAAGCCAACCAGGAAGGUGCCGGGGUCGUGGUAGAACUGGUAGCAUCGGCGUUGCCAGAGCCCCUGUCAUUGGAUCCAUCCAAGGACGUGGAGCUGUUCUCACCUCCAUGUCCGUCGCUCGUGGAGCCGUUCGCUGAAGCGUUCGGGUCAGUGUCCAGAGACGAACUCAUGUCAGUAGUAGUUGAGCUCAGCAAGGGUGCUGUGAUGCUUGAGGUAGUCGUGGCAGAGACCGAGGAGGAGGACGAGGAAGUGGAGGAGGAAGUGGAGGAAGAGGAGGAGGACGAGGAGGAGGAGGAGGAGGAGGAGCUCGUGCUGGUGGUUUCUGUGGUAGUGUGCGUGGAGGAAGUGGUCGAGGAAGUGUCGCUCCUGGAGGUCGUGCUCGUAGAACUAGAAGAGCUGGUACUGCCGGAGCUGCUGGAGCUGCUGGUACUGGAACUGGAGCUUGUCCGAGAGCUGGAGGUGCUGACUGUGGAGCUGGAGCUUGUGAGGGUGCUGGUCGAUGAAGUGGAAGCUGUUGUCGUAACGGUGGACGAGGUGGUUAUAGUGGAGCUUAUGCUUGUACUGGUCGAUGAAAGCGACGUUGUCGUUGUCGUGGUAGAGCUGGAGGUCGUGACACUGGCAGUGGUGGAGCUGGAGGUCGUGUCAGUCAAACUGGUCGACGAAAUAGUGCUGCUGGUUCUCGUUUGCGUGGUGCUGGUGGUUUCUGUGGCAGAAGUGGUGCUACUUGUUUCAGUGGUACUUGUGGUCUGUGUGGCAGAAGUUGUGCUACUUGUUUCCGUGGUGCUUGUGGUCUCUGUGGAAGAAGUGGUGCUACUUGUUUCCGUACAAGUUGUGCUGCUGGAGGUGGAACUCAACGUGGUACUUGUUGUCGUGCUGCUUGUCUCGGUUGUCUGCGUGAUCGUUGAAGUGGUCUCUGUCGUCACGGUCGCCGUGGUCACCGUAUUUGUGCUGGUCGAUUGGGUACUCGAGGUAACGGUAUAG